GAAGUCAAAGAACAUGAGCUGUCAUUGUCAGUAUAGCACGAUAUCUCUUUACUUUGUCCAGUGCGCUUUAUAGCUAAUACUUAUAUGAAAUAAACACAGAAUUCACAACGCCAGCUUUCUGUAUAUAGGAAAAUAGCGAACAGGACUGUCGGCGUGGUUGAAGAGUCGCCAAUUAGCGAGCUAGCUGCCGACAUUAGCUAGCCUGCUACAAAACUCAGUCGAAAAAAUGUUGCAAGCAAUAUAUGAGUUACCCGUGGAAGAUAAGAUAUUUUAUGCUGUCCUGGCGUUCUCAUGGACUGUUUAUCUCUGGGAGGCAUAUCUUGCCUUCAGACAGCGGAAAAUAUACAGAUCUACCAAACAUGUUCCUAUGGAACUGGGAAAGAUAAUGGACACAGAGACUUUUGAAAAAUCACGCCUCUAUCAACUGGACAAGAGCAAUUUCAGUUUCUGGUCGGGACUGUAUUCAGAAACGGAGGGAACGCUUAUCCUUGUCCUUGGAGGAAUUCCAUUCCUCUGGAGGGUCUCAGGGGCCAUCACAGCACGUUUUGGUCUGGGGCCUGAAUAUGAGAUAUCUCAGUCUUUGAUCUUUUUGAUGCUGGCGACUUUGUUCAGUGCUCUCACUGGGCUUCCCUGGAGCCUUUACAGCACCUUUGUUAUCGAGGAGAAGCAUGGCUUCAACCAGCAGACCUUAGGGUUCUUCAUGAAGGAUGCUCUGAAGAAGUUUGUAGUGACUCAGUGUAUUCUACUCCCGGUUACUUCUCUGCUCCUCUACAUCAUUAAAAUUGGUGGUGACUAUUUUUUCAUCUAUGCCUGGCUCUUCACACUAGCAGUUUCUCUGGUGCUGGUGACUAUCUAUGCUGACUACAUUGCUCCCUUGUUUGAUAAAUUUACUCCUCUGCCUGAAGGAGAGCUGAAGGCUGAGAUCGAGAGCAUGGCCAAGUCCAUCAAUUUCCCCCUCACUAAAGUCUAUGUAGUAGAAGGUUCCAAGAGAUCUUCCCACAGUAAUGCUUACUUCUACGGCUUCUUCAAAAAUAAGCGCAUUGUCCUUUUUGAUACUCUUCUGGAGGACUACUCCCCCUUAAACAAGACUGGAGACGCAGAAGCUGAACAAGGAGAGGAGAAUGAUGUAGUGGGUGAAAACAAGGCCAAGCCAAAGACGAACAAGAAGCAAGGUUGCAAUAACUCAGAGGUUCUUGCAGUUCUUGGUCAUGAGCUGGGACAUUGGAAGUUGGGCCACACAGUCAAGAACAUUGUCAUUAGUCAGAUGAACUCCUUCCUGUGCUUUUUUCUCUUUGCGGUCCUCAUUGGUCGGAAAGAGCUCUUCCUUGCUUUUGGUUUCUAUGACAGCCAGCCCACUCUGAUUGGUCUGAUGAUCAUUUUUCAGUUCAUCUUCUCUCCAUACAACGAGUUGCUGUCCUUUUGUCUGACAGUUCUGAGCCGUAGAUUUGAGUUUCAAGCAGAUGCUUUUGCUCGUGGCAUGGGAAGAGCUUCUGAGCUUUACUCUGCUCUGAUCAAACUCAACAAGGACAACCUGGGUUUCCCUGUGGCUGACUGGCUCUUCUCCAUGUGGCACUACUCUCACCCUCCCCUUCUCGAGCGACUGAGAGCCUUAGGAGGCCCAAAGCAGGACUGACGGCCUGAAAAGGGAGGGCCACGAAUACAGGCCCUCCCAAAAGGUCUCCGCCGACCUCUGCUGGCCCUCUGAAAAAUAACUUUCUCUCUCUUUCUCUCUUUUCUUUCCCUCAUGCUACACCCCCCUCCCCCAACCCCUGGCUCUCUUUUCCUUUUUGUGGCUCCCAUCUUUUCUCAGUGAUUUUUGUAGUUUAUUCAGACUUGCACAAAGCCAAAUGUGAAAGCAGAAUUCCGCAGACAAUUGAUCCCAACACACUGCUGACUUACAUAAUAGUAGUGUUUGUUGGUUCACAAACAUUUCUGACAACAUAGGUUGCCUUUUUCAAGAAUUCUUUGUGAAUCAGUGAGGUUUAAUUUAGUCUUUUGUUUAUGAAAAAUGACCCUCAUCUCCUGUCAGUCAGUGCAUUCCCAAUUUUAUUUAUCAAUUUUCCAAAACUGCAUUGCAGUUUUAAUGUCCUUACAUGUAACCAGUGUAUGGUGCACUUAAAAAGUGGGCUUUGUGCACCAACCAAUAAUAGAAAAUAAUAAAUAGCGUAAAUGAACCUUCAGACUGACCAGUGUACUUUGAAUAUCUACUUAGUACACUGAGCAGAAUUAGAAUAUUUUUGUGUUUGGUAGAAUGAAAAAAGGGCUUGUAAAGUGCCCUAUGACCUAGGACCUUUGGAUCUCUAAGUCUCCUAUUUUGUUGAGGAUAAAUACCACUUAAUUGGUCUUUCACACCAGAAGGGCAGUGAUCAAUGAUGUUAGCUUAAAUGUAAUGACAGGGCCAAUUAAAGCAAUUCGGAAAGAAUUGCAAUUAAUUUUCACAUACUUGUUCCACAGUAAUUUGUUCUUUGUUUUGUAUACUGUUAACAAAAGGGUCAGAUCAUAUUUGUAAAUAUAUAAUUUUUCAUGAUUUAAGAACAAGCAUAAUGGAAAAUGUGUCUGAGAACGUGUUUGAAAUAUUUAAAGAAUGGUUAGGAAUUCUCUGAGAAAGAUUUGUCAUUGUUUCGUUUCUUUUUCAUGCUCAGUGCCUGUGUUUGUACACAAGAGUUCAUUUGGAGGAAUGUGAGUGUUCUAAGUAAGUCUGAGAGUAGCUGUCGUUGACCCGCGGUCUGCAACUCAAGCACUGGUUGUGGCUUGAUUCAGCUUGUCAGUGUGCGGUUGUACAUACCAGUCUGUGAGAGUGGAUGUUGCAGCGCUUAGGCUUUUGCAGCAAUGGUUCCCCAUCGGAAAUUACCCUGUGCAGUAUGUGGUUUGCAGUGUUUGAAGUGACAUUGAAAUGUACUUUUCUUGCAUCAUUGUGAAUAAAGCUUUCACAUCAU